UUAAAUAUACAUACAUUAAGAAUUUAGAGUGGAUAAUUUAAAUACUCAUUGAAACUUGGUGGAAUUUAAACAAUUCAUUUAUCUACUAGUAUGUACAUAUACUCAUAUAAAGAAGUAACUUCCUUGUUUUUUAUAUCAACUUCCUUAGAAUCUGUAGUACCAUAAUAGUGUAAUCAGAAAGUCAGCAUGGAUAGAAGACAUGGGUUGUUUCUGUCCAAAGCUUUGUUUUUUCAAUCUAUCUUUCAUAUACUUGGCGGAUUAAAGUGUGAUAAAGACAUCGAUGCUUGUAAAUGUGCGGAGAAUACUUAUAACCUCUCAAAUAGAAGUGGUAUAUCUGGACUUCGUUUACGCAAAUUAAGGUUCAAGAAUGACACAACUUGUAUUAAUUUUAACAACAAUAAUAUACCGAAGUUAUCAUGCGAAGAUUUUUCUCCUAUACCCAGCAGCGUAAAAAGUUUAUAUUUGAGAAACUGCAAGAUAAAGUCAAUUGACUGCACAAAUAUUUUCGAGAAUUUAACAAAACUUAUGGUUUUCGAUAUCGGAUCCAAUGAACUGCAAACUAAUGCAUUUAUAAAUAUAUUCAUGAGUGUUAAACGGGCGUCAAAAAUAGUUCCACUUAGUUUAAACAUUUCUGGUAACGAAUUAAGUGAAAAUUACUCAUAUUCUUUCCUUCGUGAUUUACAAGAAUUUCGAGCAGAUGGCUGUAAAAUUAACAACCUACAUAACAUUUUGGAAACGAACGAAACUAAUAAACGUCUUAGGCUGUUGUCACUGCAACAUAACCAGAUAAAUGAAACUUCGUUAGAAGCAUUUUAUAAUCAUGGCGAACAUUAUGAAAUGCUAGAUAGUUUAUUACUUUCUUAUAAUCCUGUUAAAAGUUUAACUCGAACUGUUUUCUCCAAAUUGAAAAAGCUGAGAAAUCUUUGGAUUACAAACUUUUUCGCUUUUAAUGCAACAUUUCCAGGGUUGAAUUGUCCAAGGCUUAACAUACUCGAUAUAAGCCAUUCGUUCUCUUUUAGUCCAGUGGAAGAAGUAAAAUCUGUUUUUAACAUCUCCAGGAACAUAUCAAACUUAGUUUUAAGUGGAACUGACCUUGUAAACUGGACGGAAAAUGAUCUCCUGCAAUUGUUAAAUCCUUUGACAGACCUAACUGAAUUAAAUUUAAAUAAAACAUCAUUAACAGAAAUUCCUUGUGAUCUCCUAAGAACACAAACAUCCUUGAAAUUUAUUGGUUUGUCGGAAAACUUUAUUGUAGGUUGGUUUAGUAAUUGCUUUGAAAAUAUGCCUAAGAGCUUAGAAAAGAUUUAUUUACGUCAAAAUCGUAUUACUAUAAUAAAUGAAACAUCAUUUCCGCCAGAGUUUGUGGAAAAGCUAAAGCAUCUUUACUUGAAUGGAAACCUAUUCAAAUGUGAUUGUUCCACCCAUUGGUUUCGUUCCUGGAUGAGGGAUCAUUAUGGAAUACUUGAUGCGCUUUCUGAGGACAAAUCAACACCUUUUUACGAAUGUCAUUCUCCCAAAAACAAUGGGUCAUUGCUUGUUGAUUUUGAUCCAACGUAUGAAGAGUGCCACGGAUUGUCUAUAUCCGAGUUGCUAUCUUUAUCUAUAUCGGGAUUUUGUUUUGUAUUGAUAUUAACGCUAAACGCUUUAACGAGACUCAACAACAAGAAGAGGGGCGAAAGAUACCAGAGUUACGAAGACAUUGACGGUUGGGCCAUGGUGAAACUUUCAUAAUUUGUUGCUAUUGGAUGUUUUUUUAUUCAUUGACCAUUGUAAUGCCAAUUAUAAAACUAGUCAGCGAGUCAUAAAACAAACACUUACAAACGGAUUCUCUCUUGCUAAAAUCUGCUUUGUUCCAUAUUUUGUCAUUUUGAAAAAGACGACUAUUAAAUUGGAGUAAUUGAUAAACAUGUAACAUGUCUG